AGAGAGAGAGAGAGAGAGAGAGAGAGAGAGAGAGAGAGAGAGAGAGAGAGAGAUUUGUGCCCACAAUGGCGACUGUAGGUAUGCUAAAUACCUCUGGUUCCUUAUCCGGGAACUACCUCUUACUCUGCUAUUGGGCCAUUGGGUCACGUGGUAAAAGUAACUUUACAGGGCUGCUCGCAAGUAGGAGGGCUUUAUGGAGCAGAAAAACGACAAAGCUAGAAAAAUUAUUUUCCACUCCAGAAAUUAAUGAUCAUGAGCUCGUAUUUGAUGGAGUCUAACUACAUUGAUCCGAAAUUUCCUCCAUGCGAGGAAUAUUCGCAAAAUAACUACAUCCCUGAGCAUAGUCCAGAAUAUUACAGCCGCGCAAGGGACAGUGGCUACCAGCAUCACCAUCAGGAGUUAUAUCCUCCGCGGGCGAGCUACCAAGAGCGCCAGUAUAACUGUGCAAGCAUCCCUGAACCUGACACGCCAAGGGGACAUGGAAUACCCCAAUCUGCGCACCUGCUGACAGGAAAAGGGCAACCUGCUUCAUGUGAAACCCCACAGUUGUCCAUGUCCCCCGCCACCCCACCGGCCGCAACCUCCGCCUGCAACCAAGCUACCCCGGAGCACCCAAACAGCACAGCCUCCUCCAAGCAGCCCGUGGUGUACCCGUGGAUGAAGAAAAUACAUGUCAGCACUGUGAACUCGGCUUACAAUGGGACGGAGCCCAAGCGGUCUAGGACAGCAUACACCCGGCAGCAAGUCUUAGAAUUGGAGAAGGAAUUCCACUAUAACCGGUAUUUAACUCGGCGGAGGCGCAUCGAGAUCGCACACACCCUGGUUCUCUCCGAGCGACAGAUUAAAAUCUGGUUUCAAAACCGCAGGAUGAAAUGGAAAAAGGAUCACAGGCUCCCGAACACCAAAGUGAGAUCCUCUUCCUCCUCCUCCGGGUCCAACACAAGCUCAGCAGCCGGCGCUGUUGCCGCUGCCUCGGCCACUAACACUGGGGCCCCCGACGAACUCAGCGGAGCACAGCAUGGCGAGGAUAUUACCAGGUUAUAAAAAAACCACGAACCAAGAGUGGGGGUAGAAAAAGAACUGGUUAUUUAUAGAACAAUUAUAUAUUUUGUUUUCGUAGCUAUCUUGUGCGGUUUCCUUUAAGUCCAAAGUUAUAUAAAAUGCAUGUUAUAUAGCAUGGAUUACUGCGAAUACCGAUGAAUUAUUUUUACGUGACACAGGGUUUAAUUUAUUUGAAGCUCAAUUAAAAUGUUUUUUAUUAAAAAAUGUUUUGAAUGAAGGAAAAAAAAAAGUAGAAAAAAUAUACAUUUUAUCAAAAUGUUAUUGUGGGCCAUUCUUUUGCCCUGCUGCCCAAGGUGAAAUGCACAAUCUAUUUAUUUCAAACAACACUGGAAGGAAAUCAAUAUAAUAAUAGUUAUUUUUGGUAUAAAAAAGCUGGAACACACCAUUGAUCUUGAACUUGUAUGUUUUGGAUAAUAACAAUGUGUGAAUUACCUCGUGUAUUUCAGAAACAGGAUUUUGAUUUACAAUUUAGUUUUGUGGUGUUGAUGUUGUGUUUUAGACCGUUAAAAAGCAGAUUAUUGUGAAAUGCAAUAAACGGAGUGUAGUGUACUUGUGCUAAUCAUAUUGGUCAAUAAAACAGUGAGUGUCUACUAGUUUUAUAUACGUUUGGUCGAACUUCAUUUUAGGCAAGAUGAGGGUCUGCUAUUGUUUUUUUUUUUAUGUUGUUGUUUUUUUUUUGGCUAUUUGGACAGAUCACUCUUUAACGUGUACAGAUGUGUGAAUAUUUCAUAAGAGGGGAAACAAGAAUCACUGUGUUUUCAAACUGUGUUUGUAAAAGUCCUGCAGCUCAUUCUUGCGUCUUCAAAUUAGCAAUGUGUACAGACAGUGUGUGUGUGGGUGUGUAUGUUUAUGAAUGUGUGUGUGUGUGAGAGAGAGAGAGAGUGUGUGUGUGUGUUAAAGCCUGACUCAUAAUGGACUGAAGUUAUUUCUAAAAAUCUGAAAAUGAAAUAGUUUGCGCUAUGCAUUAUGUGCAACCUCAUCAGUCUGAAGGGCAUUCAAUUAACGCUAAAGACAAGCCACUGAGGCCCUCCACUCCACACUGCACUGCCUCUACUGAAGCUCUCUGCUUCCCUUUUUUCGUCUUGACUUGAACACAAAAAGCUGCAUGCGAUUAAUUUAGAGGUCAUUUGCAAUGUGUUUAGAGAUUAUAGAUUGUUGUGAAAAUAUUCUUAUUCAUUUUGUAAUCUCAGUAGUUGCCCUGCUUUUUCUAUAGUAGUCCACUGCGCCAUGAGACUGAGUUUUCAAAUGUAAAAAAAAAGAAAAUAAAUAAAUAAAAAACAACAAAUAAAAAAUUUAAAUAAAGUCGUGAAUUGCAGAUAGAGUCAAUAUUCUGCGUCAUGUGGUGUUCGUUGAUGCGGGUAAACUAGCUGACCUUUGUUAUCAGGCUCUGUGAAGCAGCAGUGUCCUGGAUAAAAGGAUGCUGAUAUUUUCUUGUGAUCUUUUUUUUUUUUUUUUUUUCCUUCUUUGCUUGUAUGAAUAUGAACGCUUUGCCACAUUUACCUGCUGUCUCUCCCACUUUGCCUCUAGAGUGUGCAGCAGCUCGCGAGAAUACAAAAAAAAAAAAAAAAAAAA